UCUUUAUUUAUUUUCGGAUGAAAGCAAUAAGUUCCUUGAAUACAUCUAGUAUUACAUCUUAUCUGAGGAUUAAUAAGUUCCUUGAGAGAUACAUCUUAGGAUUUCGACCUCACGCUUGACAGUGAUGGAGAAAUCCGGUAUCCCCGUUGAUAUUAUAGAUAGCCCGGCCCUCCCCCUGAUCUCUGAACAGAAGGAGAUGGAAGAAAAUUCGGGGAGACCCAUUGAAGCUACUGUUGCAAUUAAUAAUUCUGCGCAAGAAUAUGUUGCUGGCGAUACAGAGUAUCAACAAUCAUCUUCAAAUUUGAUUGCUGCUGCCGACCAUGAUCUGCGGGCAUCCCCUGCUGCCGAUGCUGCAGUGGAGAAAAUUCCGAUUUUUUCCGCCACCAGCGGAGAACCAGCUUCAUCAUCAGAAGCUAUGGAAAUCCGGCGCGACUCAAUCCCUCCGAGUUUGCGGAUUUCGUGGGUUCAACAGAGUCCGGUAAUUCCGCAGUCAACAGCAAAUCAACGAGAUCCUUUAAUUUUGAACGAAGGUAAGGUGAAGUCAGUCAAUCCUCAAUCUAAUCCAGAUAUUUCAACUUCAACUGAAGAAAAAUCAAAUCCAAACUCUUCCAAUAUUUCUCCUCCUGAUAAUUAAGAUUUUUUCCAAAAAAUCCUCUCAAAAAAGCACCACAAAAAAACUAAAUCCCGCUGCUGAGGAAUUCUCUUAUCCCUCUAGCCAUCAAAUCCCUCCUCCGAGUUUUACUACCAAUUUAGGCCCAAUCACCGGGAAAAAUUAUAAUCAGUAUUUAUCCUAGGAUGAUACGAAGAUAGGAAAGCAUAUAGAGUCUUCAGAAACAAGCUUCUCAAUCGAUCACAUUAAUUCCGAGGGUGAACAAAAUCAAAUCUAUAAGGAUUCAGAAGUUGAAGAAUUUGACACAGAACGGGAACUGGAACGAGAGUCUUUCUACAGUGAAAUUUUUGCUUUGACGUAUCAUAAUCGCUCUAAAAAAAAGUAAGGCUAAAUCAAACGUUCGAGUCCG